AUGAUCUUAGUCGUCUGGACAUGCUAUUUACGAGUUGUUGUGUAUAGCGUCAAAUCGCCCCUCGAGUGCAGAAUUAGCUCUGUGCGUUAUCUCGGUGGCAAUGAAACAGACCGCAGUUUCCACCACAUCGUAAUUGAACACAACGGCCUAUACAACUUCGAACCCGGCCAGCAAGUUGUGUCACUCGACGUGCACAUUCCCUGCUUAGGCAUAUCUGAGCGCACCAAUCGGCCGCAUCCUCCUCGAUCGUAUUCUCUCGCCCCGGUGCUAGACGAAGACGGCGUGGAUCCCAAGACAUGCUUUUCCCUGGGGAUACGCGCUCCAGUUAUUCCUCCAGGCAGCGCACCCCUUUAUCGCAACAUCUGUAUAUGCUCGCAAUUUUUGUCCGGUGCUGAACCUGGCACUCUGAUUCGCAUAACCGGCCCUUUCGGCAAGUUCGUGUUGAGCCCUGACGACUUGCAGGGUAAGAACAAUUUGCUGUUCAUUGCGACUGGUACCGGCAUUGUGCCGUACAUGGGCUUCCUUAAAUCGCUGCUUAAGACGUACGCCGGGGGCACUCAAGAGUUUGGGAGCAUUCUGCUGUUUUUCGGGAUUCAGUCACCGUCUUCGCUGCUUUAUCGUUCGGCACUCGAUGAUUACGUGGAACGGUUCAAAGGCCGUUUUGCGUACAUUCCGUGUUAUUCACGUUUUGGUGAUGAGUCUGAGCGCUGCUACGUACAGGAUAAAAUUUUGAAGGCGCAGGAUGUUAUAAGGUCGAUGUGCUGCGAAGGCGGUCGGCAGUGCAGCAUUUUCGUAUGCGGGCGCAAGUCCAUGGAGAAAGCGGUUGCAAGCUCGUUGCAAACAGUGUUCGCUGGAAUUCCGCAGCGAGACGCCAUAUUGGCGAGCAUGAAGGUGGAGGUCUAUCAGUGA